AUGACGCAAAAGCCAGGUGCAGAUCUCGACAAGUUAUUCGAAGGCAUUGAAGACGCCUCAACUUCACGGCCCCCGCCAUCCGCUCAAGAUGAGCAAGAUCUCCUCGCAGGCCUGGAAUCCCUUGCCGCCGGACACAAAAUUUCUUCCCGUCCGCACACGCCGCGGGUUUCCACUCCCGGUGCGAGGUCCCGUACACCUUUGGGUCGCAAUAGCGGGGAGGGGUAUAGCGGGUAUGGAAUUCCCCCGGUUAGGAGGGAUAGUGGGGAUGUUAGGCGGGGAGGGGGAGAUAAUACUCCUGGGCUUAGAGAGAAGGGCCCGGUGGCCACCUCGGUUAAUGUUGUUGAGCCGCCGACCAGCGCUUCUACGGCGGGUACGAGCCAUGCUUCUAGUGGAGGAGGUGGGGGGUGGGGAUGGGGGAGUAUUUGGGAGACGGCGGCGAGUACUGCUACCGCUGCGGUUAAGACUGCGGAAGGGGUCGUCAAGGAACUACAGCAGAGCGAAGAAGGAAAAAAGUGGGCGCAGCAGGUUAAGGAGAAUGCUGGUGCUCUACGUGGUCUUGGUUUGUUCCGCUAUCCACACGUCAUACUGCGAGGUUGCGUGUUUCCUAGCUAACAGCGGGGGUUUCAGCUGGAGACGUGAGAUCUAGAGCCCUCCCAACAUUUACCACUUUGCUACACACACUUGCUCCACCAAUCUCUUCCCACGAACAGCUACGUAUCCACAUUACGCAUGAUCUUGAGAACUACCCAUUUAUCGACACGGUCGUUUACGGAGUUUUCGACCGAGUGAUGCAGCAGGUGGAAGGCGGUGACCUCCUUGUUGUGCAGCGUGGCGGGGGGUCAAAGCCACGCUCAUCGCUGGAUGGUGCUUUCGGUGGACCCUGGUAUAAAGGGAUGGAAAGGCGAGACCUGCACGCCACAGUCGGCUUGCAAGAAGGAAUUAAGCUUGCGAGCGCUGCGGCAGAAUCCUAUGCACAAGAGUUCCUGCAAACGUCAGAUGUGUCCACAGAUCCCGCGAGCGAAGACAACCCCACCAGAAAAUCAAAUAUAUUUCUCGCCAUCCAGCCGACAAUCUACUCCCAGCAACCCUCAAUACCAACACCCGGGGGGGAAAAGGAACCGGCAGGGGAAACCACAGAGGAAGGAGAGGAUCGAGUCAUUGUGUUCGCAAUCCAUCUCUUCGACCCUGUCCACGGCAUCUCCUACUCUACCGUAUCCCAAGCCCUCCCCGCCCAAUGGCUAGAGUGGCUCGACGCCCCGCCCCCAGCAGAUACUGCACCGGGCGAGUGGGUCGUUCCGGAGGUUAUCAGGCACAUAAUGGACAUUGGUGGCAUCGAUCCGCGAGAGUGGAUUGUAGAGUGGGUUCAAGAAGCGGUGGGGCUUGCGGUUGGCGUUGUGGCCCAGAGGUACGUUGCCAAGCGAAUGCGGAUCGGAGAUUCGGGGAGCCAUGAGGGGAUGAAGGGGAAGGAGGUUAGUUCUGGGGGGGAGGAGGCGAGGGCGGUAGCAUUGUAG